GAGAGAGAGAGAGAGAGAGAGAUUUGCAUGAAGGAAGCGGUAGAUGACGGUGGAUUUACAGCUCACACGCGCAUACACAGUUAAACGCGACAUGCACGCGCAACUGUCAACGGCGCGCGACUGACAUAGCAGAGAAACCCCGUUAUUUUUAUUUUGGAUAUGUGUGUAUAGUCUAGCAUAUUACACACUGUUUAUUUUAUUAGCACAGUAAAACCUUUUUUUCGGAAAUGUUUCGGAAGAGAAAGGAGCUUUCUAAAACGCCUUCAGUUUCAAAGAAGUCUCAGUCAGGAAAUCCUGGCACUCAGUGCAGCUCGCUCUCAGUUCUUCAGGAGCAACCUCGUAGAGACCCUGACGAUGGUACAUCAAUGCUUGCAGUGCCAGAUGUUGCACUUCUGUCUUCAUGUCCUGGCACUCCCUCCACUAUCCACGGUAAGCUCGUGGCAUCAUCCAAUGCCAACCUGAAGCGCUCCACAGGACUCAGUCGCCAUGCCAGCGCCGCGGGGUUUCCUUUUCAUACUGCCGGAACCUGGGGCUUCAGCAGGACCCAAAUGAAGUGCUCUGAGAGCACAGAGGGAACUGUCAUAGAUGUGGAGGACAUCCCACCUUUACUGAGGGAUGUGGCGCACUUUGCAGAGGCUGUGGAGAAGCUCAAGGAUGUGGUGCUGUGUGAAGAUAAGGAGUCUCGGAGGGCCAUAGCACAUGAGUAUUUAGGGGAAGUGUUGCGCAUCUUGCGGCAGGUGAUCAGCACCUAUCCUUUACUUAACACAGUGGAAACACUCACCGCCGCUGGCCGACUCAUCUCACAGGUCAAAGGCUUCUGUUACGAAGGCACCAAUGAGGCACAGAAGAAGGACUUUGAAAAGGCCAUCGAGACCAUCGCAGUCGCCUUCAGCAGCAAUGUAUCUGAGCUGCUGAUGGGUGAAGUGGACAGCAGUACCCUCCUGUCUCUGCCUCCCACUGAGAAGAGCAGGUCUUUGGAGAACCUGAACACAUGCGGUCUGCUGAUGGGACAAGGUAUGGAGGGAGGGAACCGAUGUGACCAUGACUGUAUGAUGAGCCCCGAACAGGUGGAUAUUCUCCUGCAGCACAGUGAAGGAGGAGUGGACUCAGCUCUGAGCUACGCAAAGGCCAUCGCCAAAUACAUGAAAGACAUCAUCAGCUACGUGGACAAGCGCAUUGCCCUGGAGAUGGAGUUUGCCAAAGGUAUACAGAGGCUGUAUCACUCAAGCAAGCAGAGCUUCACACAGACCCCCAUGCCUUUGCUGUCAAUCUAUUCUCUGGCUCUGGAGCAGGACCUGGAGCAAAGUACGGGUGUGCAGCAGUCCAUAAACUCUGUGCUCACACACUCUUUUCUACAGCCUCUGAUGCAGCGUAAACAGGAACACGAGAAGAAGCGUCGAGAGAUUAAAGAGCAGUGGCAGAGGGCCAAGAGGAAACUGGCAGAUGCAGAGAACAACCUGCGAAAGGCACGCCAGUGGUACCUGACCCGCUGUGAGGAAUACGAAAAGGCGAGGCUGGUGGCCAAUAAGGUGGAGGAAGAACACAGUGGUGCAGGAAGUGGCUCCACCCACAAGACUCUGGACAGGAAGAGACGACAUGAGGAGGAAGCUCGCAACAAGUCAGAGGAGGCUGAGGCCACAUACCGCACUUGUAUUGCUGAUGCCACCACUCAGCAGCAGGAGCUGGAAGACGUGAAGGUGAACGUGCUGAAACAGAUCCAGGACGUCAUCAGACAGAGUGACCAGAUUCUGCGUGCUUGCACCAUAUCGUACUACCAGAUCCUGCACAUGCAGACAGCGCCACUUCCUGUGCACUACCAGACGCUGUGUGAGAGCUGUAAUCUGUAUGAUCCAGGACAACAGUAUGCUGCACAUAUCAAAAACCUGCAGCUCAGCACCGAGCGCGUCACCGUGUUCCAGUUUGAGCCGUACUCCGCCUCAGGCACAUAUCAUCCUGCUCGACCACAAUCUGAAAACAUCACAGACUACCAACAGCAAAGCAGCACGGAGACUCCAAACACCAACCUGGUGUCCACAGAAGGGGGUGUGGUCAAGACCAGAAGAGAUCGAGCUCAGCAGGCACACAAGUCCUGGCCCUCUACUGUGAGUGACACAGAAAGUGUUGGAGGAGGAAGUGGACUGGGGUCUCCUACCACCAGCUCAGGAGACGUCUCAAAGGCUUCAAGACCCGUGUCAGCUGGAACCUUGUCUUCUAUCGAGGACUUAGAUGACCACGAUGGCAAUGUGACCUCUUUUGAACAAAGUAUGAAUGGGAUUGAACCAGAGAUGACCGUGUCCACUGGGCCGUUUCGCAACAUGGGUCUGUCCAAAGCUGCCAAGACGCAUCGGCUACGGAAACUCCGUACGCCAUCCAAGUGCCGCGAGUGUGACAGUUACGUGUACUUUCAGGGAGCAGAGUGUGAGGAGUGUUUUCUGGCCUGCCAUAAGAAGUGUCUGGAGUCUUUGGCUAUCCAGUGUGGCCACAAAAAGCUGCAGGGCCGAUUACAGCUGUUCGGCCGAGAUUUCUCCCAGGUGCUGCAGGGCGACUCUGAGGGAGUACCCUUCAUCAUCAAGAAGUGCAUCCAGGAGAUUGAGAAGAGAGCACUCAGUAUGAAGGGGAUAUACCGUGUGAACGGCGUGAAGACACGUGUGGAGAAGCUGUGUCAGGCGUUUGAGAAUGGCAAAGAGCUGGUGGAACUUUCUCAAGCAUCUCCACAUGAUAUCAGCAACGUACUCAAGCUCUACCUUCGACAGCUGCCUGAGCCCAUCAUGCCCUUCCGCAUGUAUAACAAGUUAAUGGGACUGGCGAAGGAGAGUCUGUACUCUGACGGCCCAGACAGAGGAGAUGGUGCAAAGGGCCCUGAGAUUCUGGAUCAGGGAGAGCAGACCGACCCCAUGGUGCUCAAUCUGGUAGAGAAACUUCGAGAGCUGCUUAAAGAUCUCCAAGCAGGCAAUAUCGCCACGCUGAAAUACAUAGUACGACAUCUGCACAGAGUGGCUGAGUUGGAGGACGAUAACAAGAUGAGCUUCAGUAAUCUGGGUAUUGUGUUUGGCCCGACCCUGAUGAGACCCAAACCCACAGGCGCCACUAUUUCCCUCUCCUCCUUGGUGGACUACCCUCACCAGGCCCGCAUCGUGGAGGCCCUCAUUGUUUUCCAGGAUCAUAUCUUCAGCCCUUCAGCAAUCCGGCUCACAUCCUCCUCCUCGCCAGGCUGCACCAACCAGGGCCAGGAGAGUACUGACGAAGCUCAAGAUGUGGAGGAGGAGCAGAACAGGCUUAUCUCAGAGCAGGACUGUGGUAACUCUCUGGGUUCAUCUGGUUCCCGUGAGCGCUCUCUGGACACGGACUCCGAUGGAGAGGACAUGGGGAAGAUAAAUAAACGAUGCCUUCUGGUGAGCCAGGUGAGUGAGACAAGCACUGAGGAUGACCAAAUAAGCCCCAGAGUGAGUUUGGACCUGAGCACGGUCGUCCCAGACACCGUCCCUGAGCAGCCCAGUGACACAGAGGACUUCAGUGGAGCAGAUGCAGAAGAGCUGGUUGACCAGUAGAGAUCAGGGACACCACUUUAAUCCAUUCAUUUCAGUCUGUAAUAGUACUACUUUAACUUUGUUUGUUUUUUUUCCUGUAUAUUAAGUGAGAAGUGUCAAAAGUGAAGAGUCGAGUUACUUUCACGUUAAUCAGCACACUCAGAAAAGUCUUAUGCACUGAAACAUUAUUUUAAUCUUUUUUUAAAAGUUCUGUUUGUGAGAGUAGAAAGUAUGGUUGUGUAAAUAAUGAUGUUUUAUACUCAUCCUUUUUAUACUAAUGUUUAGGCACAUUUCUGUUUAUAUAUGGAGUGAAUGUAAUGUCACCAACAUGAGUUGAUAAAAAAAAAUGCAAGUGAAUUUAAAAAUAUUAGUGAUAAACAGUCAGUGCACUUACAGUACUUCAUGAAAUAGUCACAGACAUUGUAAAGACCUAUAUCAUGUGUUUAGUUUUCAGAGGGAAAAAAAAUGUAAUGAACAGGGAGUCUGCAUUAGUGCAUACAGCUACUGAAUUUCCACACCAAAUCCCAUACUUUCACACAACUGAUGAGUACGAUCAUUUUUAAUCUUUAUAAAGCUUUCAUUAUUUACUAUGAGUUCCACAAAACUGCAGUUAACCAGCAGGAAGGUGGUCAAAAAUCCUGUAAACUAAACUGUUUUAAAUGUAAACGAAGCCAUGACAACGAAGUAUGAUUUUGCAAACAUUUAUUAUAUUGUAUUGAGACAUGUUUCUACAUUGGCCACUAGAUGGCGCUAUUGUAUCUCCGGGUUGUCUAUGACGACGCAUUGUUUUGAAAACAGUCGAGCCGGUUGAAAAAAAAACACUGAAAAACAUCAGAUUUUUGAAUAACAAAUUGUUCCAAUAGUUUAUGUGAAGUGUCUGCAGGACAAGCACCUCUAUAGUGUUACUAUAGAAACGAUCAUCAACAGCUUCUGACCAAGAUCUCACCUUUCUAAUUAGUUAGAUUAUUUUUAACUAACUUCAUUUCUCCAUUUCACCAUAUUUCUAUCCAACAAUAUGUCUUUACACACUUAUGGAGGUAUAAAUGAUAAAUUGUAAAUGUGACUCAUGUUUUAUCAAUUCAAUCUUUUUGUUUAUCGUUUGCAUUUUGAUCCACUUUCCCGUUGGUGCAUUCUUACCAAACCAAUUUGUGUGGGUUCAUUCAUUUUAAUUAUCUUCUGCUCUCAAACGUCGUCUUGAGGUUAAAGGUCUCCUCUUGGCUGAAGGUCAGUGUUCUGGUGCUCUGCAUGCACUAGUAAAUAUUAACUAGCAGAUUGCAGGACCUCUUUGAUGGCCGCAGUGACACGUGUAUAUAUUCCCAAAGAAAGUGUGAAGUUAAAGCACAGUUAAAAGGUUUAAUUACACAUCUUUACUACUGAAACCAAAUCUACAGUGCUGUAUAGAGUGAAAUUAUUCUACAUCAUUAUAUAGAUCUAUGUACUAAAUGAUAUCGUCUGAUGUUCUCUUACCUUAGUCGUUAUGUUGAUUACAUUUUCUUUACAUUUCUUUAAUAUAUCAUUCAUCUCAUUGACUUGAAUAUGGAAAAAGCUUGGUAUGGUGACGAUGAUAAUAAUAAUAAUAAUAAUAAUGUUUUUACUACAAAAGAGGAGGAAAUGUGUUUAUGGGCCGUGGUUUGAACUGGAGAAUGCAUUUGAUAAACAUACUGUACAUACAUUUUACAAGAGUUUACUGCUGGUCAGUAUAUCAAUGCUAAUGUUAAUGCCUAUAUUGACUUGAGUUUAUAGGAAGACGUGGCCAUGUUAUCAUUUUUAUUUUCAAAUAUUAGCCUCAGACCCAUUACUUUAUUACAUAUAUAUAGGUUUACAUUUACUAGCCACAGUAGAGGAUCUGAGGGCACCGAGUAUUAUUCAUUUUAUUAUCAACUACUGAAUAUUUAUAAAGGAAAUGUCAGGUUUUUCUACUUGAGAAUGAAUGAUGUCUGCUGAGAUCUAAAUAAAUGUGUAUAUUCUG